GGACGGUGUUCUAUUCUUAGUUCUGUUCUAAGUUAGCGUUGCGCGGCCGCUCCGCAUCGGCCCGCUAAAUGAAAACUGAUGUGUAAAGUGCAAUGAUUUCAUGGACUUUUGUUUUUUUUUCACACUUUUCUUUUCUGUAUUUUAGUUUUUUAGGAAGAAGCGAGUUGGUGAAUGAAGAGAGUCUUCGACAGUAAACCGCCAUAGCAGGUACCAAGAAGAGUCGCAUCAUCUACAAUACUGGUGAGAUGAGCCAAUUUCAGUACAAAGACGGCGGCGUCGAUACCGGUUUUAGACCGGUCGAACCACCGGCGGCCGCAUGUAUUUUGCAGCAGCAGCAGCAGCAACAGCAGUACCAGCACCAGUACAAUGUCGAUAACGAGUCAGACGCGGACGAGAUGGUGACAACGGAACGCGAACUCGCGGAAGAUGCCCAGUGGAAAAAAAUACAACAAAACACAUUCACGCGAUGGGCAAACGAACAUCUGAAAACUGUAUCGAGACACAUCGGGAAUUUGGAGACUGACCUGAGCGAUGGCCUCAGGCUGAUCUCGCUCAUUGAGGUGCUGGCCAAAAGGGCGCUACCGAAACACAACAAGAAACCCUCGUUCAGAUCUCAAAAGUUGGAGAAUGUCUCUGUGGCCCUUAAGUUCUUGCAAAUCGAUGAGGGCAUUAGGAUUGUUAAUAUUGAUUCCACUGACAUUGUAGACUGUAAGCUUAAGCUAAUAUUAGGGUUAAUAUGGACGUUAAUUUUACAUUACUCGAUAUCCCUUCCUAUGUGGGAGGGAGAAGACGACACGAGCAACGGAGGAACCGAUGCCUCGCCAAAACAAAGAUUGAUGAACUGGAUCCAAAGCAAAAUGCCAGACCUGCCAAUAAAGAAUUUCACAACAGACUGGAACGAUGGCAAAAGACUAGGGGCCUUAGUAGACUCAGUUGCGCCUGGUUUAUGUCCAGAUUGGCCGAGUUGGGACCCUACUGAAUCAUUGCAAAAUGCAUCAGAAGCCAUGGGGUUGGCUGAUGACUGGCUUAACAUCCCUCAACUGAUAAGACCUGAAGAGAUUGUGAACCCCAAUAUAGAUGAACAAUCCAUGAUGACUUACUUGUCACAGUAUCCUAGCGCUAAACUUAAACCUGGUGCUCCACUUAGGCCUAGGACAACACCUGAUAAAGUUCCUCCUCCUAGAGUAAGAGUUUAUGGCCCAGGGGUAGAACCAACUGGUCCCGUAGCUGGUGCAGCAGUCAACUUCACAGUAGAAACUUUCUCUGCUGGAAAAGGCAAUGUCACCGUCAUCAUAGAAAACCCAAGAGGUCAAAAAGAGCCUGUGGAUGUCAGGUUUAACAAUGACAGAAACUUGACUUAUACAGUAACUUAUACACCCCCGAUGGAAGGGGUGUAUAAAGUAACUGUUAAAUAUGCGGGAAAAGAUGUACCUAAGAGUCCAUUCACUGUUAAAGUAGCUGGACAUGCAGGAGACCCAACUAAGGUUACAGCUUCUGGGCCUGGCCUUCAGUCUGAUGGAGUUUUUAUUAAUAAGGCCACUUACUUUGAUAUUUCUACUAAAAAUGCAGGAAAAGGUGUUCCAGAAGUGGUUAUCCUGGAUCCCUUAGGGAACAAAAACUCGGUACCAGUAAAAGUAAGACAAACGAGUCCAGACCUUUGGCGAUGCGAUUACGUGUCCACAAUCUUAGGAUUGCAUUCGGUAAAUAUAUUUUUCGCUGGACAACCGAUUCCCAAUAGUCCUUUUGGAGUAAGAGUAUCUCCAGUAUCGGACUUCAGAAAAGUAAAAGCGAGCGGCAGGGGUCUACAACCGAACGGGGUGCGUGUAAAAGACGUCGCAGACUUCAACAUUUACACCGAGGGAGCUGGUGAGGGAUUCCCCGAAGUCCAGAUAUUCGGACCUGCAGGGGUCAAGGAGCCAUGUAGGAUUAAUAAGGUUGAUGGAAAUAUUUAUCAUUGUUCAUACAAUCCUUUGAAAGAAGGAAGGUAUCGUAUUAUGAUUACGUUUGCUGGGCAAGAGAUCCACAAGUCGCCGUUCGAUGUGAACGUUGGGCCUUAUAAAGAAACGUUGAUCAACGCUUACGGUCCAGGCUUGGUAGGAGGUGUUGUUAAUUAUCCCGCACUGUUUACAGUUGAAACAAACGGAGAAACUGGCGCUUUGGGCUUUAGCAUCCAAGGCCCCUCCCAAGCAAAAAUCGAAUGUCACGACAACGAGGACGGCUCAGCAGACGUCAGAUACUACCCCGCUGCCCCUGGAGAGUACGCUGUACAUAUUCUCUGCGAUAGCGAGGAUAUUCCGAAGAGCCCUUACAUAUCCCACAUUAUGCCCAAGACCGAUUAUUAUCCAGAAAAAGUAGAGGUUUAUGGUCCAGGCGUACAACCAAGUGGCCCCCAAAAAGACGUACCGACCAAAUUCACAAUCGACACAAGAAACGCAGGAUCGGCACCUUUGGACGUUAAAAUAGUCGAUAGUAACGGAAAAGUCGAUGUGAAAUUGGUAGAAAUAUCUGAUGGAUUGGUGGAGGCUUCAUACAUUCCGAAAAGCGGAAACCGUCACACCGUUCAGGUGAAUUAUGGCGGCGUUGCUGUGAAAAAUUCCCCGUUUAGGAUUAACGUAAACGAACCAGUGAAUCCCGAAAAGGUUUUGUGCUUUGGACCUGGAUUGGAAAAUGGAGUCAAGGCGGGCACUCCUACGCAUUUCAAUGUCGAUGCACGGGACGCCGGAGAAGCAGACCUAGACGUUCAUCUAAGAAACGAUGAUACGCAUCAAGAAAUCCCAGUGAGACUAACUGAUAAUGGUGAUAAGACGUUCAGUGUUGACUACGAGGCGCCACAAUCUGGAAACUACUCUGUUACUCUGGAUUAUGGUGGUCUUCGCGUACCAACUACCCCAGUGAAAUUCCGCGUGGAGCCCAACGUUGACGUAUCCAAGAUAAAAGUUGAUGGAUUAGAACCCACGGCACCUAUAAAUAGCCUUCAGCAAUUCCGAGUGAUCACCCCAGAUGCCGGCAAAGCAGAGUUCGCUAUAUCAAUUACCAGCCCAUCGGGUACCAAGGUGAAAGCCCACGUGAUCCCCACCCACGAGGGCUAUUUGGUGAAUUUUACCCCCACCCAAUUAGGAGAGUAUUUAUUAGGGAUUUCCUUUGGUGGAGAACCGAUAUCUCAUAGACCCUUUAAGUUAACAUGCCUAACAGGAAGUGACCCUUCAAAAGUAAAAGCUUCCGGCCCAGGAUUGCACAGGGGCAUAGUAAAUAGGCCUGCCGAGUUCAUAAUUGACACUCGGGGUGGAGGUGGGGGAGGUUUGGGGGUCACCGUGGAGGGACCUUGUGAGGCCGCUAUUAAUUGCAGAGACAACGGAGACGGCACCUGUUCUGUCGCAUAUCUUCCUACUGAAGUUGGCGACUAUGGGAUUAAUAUCACUUUCAAUGAGAAACAUAUACCAGGAAGCCCGUUUCAGGCUAUUAUUAGUCCGGAGGUCGAUAUGAAUAUGAUCAAAGUUUCAGGCAGCGGGAUUCAACUUCAUGGUGUUUACGUAGACUCACCAACGGAUUUCUUGGUAGACACUCGAGGCCUCCCAGUGACAAACGAUGAUGGUAAAGUCACUUGCACCAUCACAAACCCAUCUGGUGCCCAAACAGAAAAACUUGUAACAGCUCUCCUAGACGGUACUUACAAGGUCAGCUAUACCCCAUUCGAAGAGGGUAGACAUACUAUCGAUAUCUUUUAUGAUAACGUUCCAGUACCAGGAUCUCCAUUUAUCGUAAACGUAAGACGCGGCUGUGAUGCGAAAAAAUGUACUGCCUACGGUCCCGGACUGGACAAUGGUAUUCUUAACAAGUCAAAUGUAUUUACUGUUGAAACUAAAGGUGCUGGAACUGGUGGAUUGAGUUUAGCCAUUGAAGGACCAUCUGAGGCGAAAAUGACUUGUAAAGACAACAGGGAUGGUUCUUGUUCAGUGGAGUAUAUACCCACUGAGCCUGGUGAAUAUGAUGUCACUAUAAAGUUUGCUGAUGAGCACAUCCCUGGAUCACCCUUCAAAGUGAUGGUUAGUCCAGACAUGGACGAAUCCCUUGUCAAAGCGUAUGGACCUGGCUUGGAACCGAACAAAUGUAGAUCAGGCAUACCCGUUAAAUUUAAAAUAGACGCUUCUAAGGUAGCUCCAGCUCCAGUAGCUGUUAAUUUAGUCUCAGAUUCCUCCCCAAUAUCCAAAAGGCCUGAUAUAAAAGACAAUGGAGAUGGCACUUUUGAAGUCACGUAUAUUCCUCCCAGUGCGGGAUCUAACUUGAAGGCUCAUAUAUUGUAUAACGGUAAAGAAAUAGCCAAUAGCCCGUUCCCGAUUAAAGUUAAACCAGUGGUAGAGCCUGAAAAUGUUAAAAUCACCGGCCCAGCUAUAGUAGAAAAAGGCAUUCCCGCUUCGAUGCCCACUUCAAUUAAAAUCGAUACUACUGACGCUGGAUUUGGCGACUUGGAGGUUAAAGUUACUGGUCCAGAUGGUCAUCCACGUCCUGUAAAAAUCCAUGAAAAUGGCGAUAAGACUUUUAAUGCCAGUUUUGUUCCUGAUGAUUGUGGGAGGUAUAAGCUGGAUGUGAAAUAUGGCGGGAAAGAUGUUCCUAAUACACCUAUACCGAUCCAGGCUUAUGCCAUAGGAAAUGCUGAUAAAUGUACCAUAACUGAGGGCAUGGAAAAAACCUUGUCUAGUGGUGAAUCAUACUGCAUUAAUGUUAAUACGGAAGAUGCUGGAAAUGGUGCUGUGACUUGUAGAAUUAAGUCUGUUAAUGGCAGUGAUUUGGAUAUUAAUAUUGUGGAUAAUGGUGAUGGUACAGUUAGUAUUUACUAUACUGUCGAAGAUGCAGGAGAGUAUACUAUCAAUAUCAAGUUCGGUGGUCAAACUGUCCCUGGAGGUUUCUACACAUUUAUGGCUGAAGAAUCGGUAAGGAAAACCGAAAAAACCACAGUCACUCAAACUGAGAGCAGAAAGCAAACUUCCACUAGUCAAACUAGUAGUCAACAAUACAGGCCAGUCAGUUUAAAUAACAUUCCUUUGCCCAGCACAGGUGGACACGUCACAGCUCAAGUGAAAAUGCCCAGUGGAAAUGUAGACAGGCCCGUUAUAGAAGACAACCACGAUGGUACAGUAUCAAUAAAAUAUGAGCCACGCGAAGAAGGCGUCCAUGAACUAGCAGUGAAAUUCAACGGAGAACAUGUUCAAGGGUCUCCAUAUAAAUUCCACGUUGACUCAGUGAGUUCCGGAUACGUAACAGCUUAUGGUCCUGGCUUAACUCAUGGAGUCACUGGUGAGCCGAGCAACUUCACCAUCUCCACCAAAGGAGCUGGUGAUGGUGGUCUUUCCAUGGCGGUCGAGGGUCCUAGCAAAGCAGAAAUAAGUUGCCACGAUAAUAAAGAUGGAACAGUCUCAGUGUCUUAUCUGCCCACUGCUCCUGGUGAAUAUAAAAUAUCCGUGAGGUUUGGAGAUAAGCACAUUAAAGGUUCGCCAUUCUUCGCUAAAAUUACCGGCGAAGGUAGAAAAAGGAACCAGAUCUCCGUAGGUUCCUGCAGCGAAGUUUCUUUACCGGGAAAGAUAUCAGAUGCAGACAUUCGUUCGUUGAAUGCUUCAAUUCAAGCGCCAAGCGGUUUGGAGGAACCGUGCUUCCUAAAAAGACUUGCCACUGGAAAUAUUGGCAUCUCCUUCACUCCCAGAGAAGUAGGUGAGCAUGUGGUUUCAGUUAAGAAACUUGGAAACCAUAUCACAAACUCGCCGUUUAAAAUCAACGUUUGCGAACGCGAAGUGGGAGAUGCUAGGAAGGUGAAGGUGUCUGGCAAUGCCCUUAAGGAGGGCAAGACGCAUGUCGAUAACACAUUCACGGUAGAUACUAGAAACGCCGGAUUUGGCGGGUUGAGUCUUUCGAUUGAAGGCCCUAGCAAAGCUGAGAUUCAGUGCAACGACAACUCGGAUGGAACUUUAAAUAUUUCUUAUAAACCUACCGAGCCUGGGUAUUAUAUUGUUAAUCUUAAGUUUGCUGAUCACCACGUGGACGGGUCACCUUUCACCGUUAAGGUCACUGGAGAAGGAUCAAAUAGACAACGAGAGAAAAUCCAAAGGCAAAGAGAUGCAGUUCCAGUCACAGAAGUUGGAAGCCAGUGCAAGCUCACCUUCAAGAUGCCCGGUAUUACAUCAUUCGACCUUAGUGCCACCGUCACUUCUCCCGGUGGUAUCACCGAAGAUGCUGAAAUUAAUGAAAUCAAGGAUGGACUGUAUGCUGUUCAUUUUGUACCAAAAGAAUUGGGUGUACACACUGUUUCUGUCAGAUAUAAGGAUAUUCAUAUUCCUGGAUCGCCUUUCCAAUUUACUGUGGGUCCCUAUCGCGAUCACGGUGCUCAUUUAGUAAAAGCUGGUGGUGCAGGUCUGGAAAGGGGUGAACAAGGGGAGAAUAAUGAGUUUAACGUCUGGACCAGGGAGGCUGGUAGUGGUCAACUGGCGAUUUCCGUUGAAGGCCCUAGUAAAGCUGAAAUCAACUUUACCGAUCGUAAAGACGGUUCUUGUGAUGUUUCUUAUAAAGUUACUGAGCCCGGUGAAUACAGGAUAGGUUUGAAGUUCAACGACGAGCACAUUCCGGACUCUCCGUUCAAGGUGUAUAUUUCACCAGCUGUUGGAGAUGCUCAUCUACUGGAAGUUGCUCAGUUCCCGGAAGGAUACAUCCAGGCUGACAAACCAUCUCAGUUUAUUGUUCGCAGGAAUGGAGCUAAAGGAGAUCUCGAUGCUAAAAUUAUCAGUCCAUCUGGUCAUGAAGAUGAUUGUUUCGUGCAAAAAAUCGACAUGGAAGAGGACUCGGUUCGUUUCAUGCCUAGAGAAAAUGGUAUCCAUAAAAUCCACGCGAAGUUUAACGGAGUUCAUAUUCCUGGAUCGCCGUUCAGUGUUAAAGUUGGCAAAGACACUGCAGACCCGGCUGCUGUACACGCUCAAGGAAAUGGUUUAAUGAAGGAAGUUAAAACUGGAGCAAAAACCGAUUUUAUUGUGGACACGGUUAACGCCGGUGCGGGUACGCUGGCUGUAAACAUUGAUGGCCCAAGCAAAGUAGCUAUGGAUUGCACUGAGGUGGAAGAAGGUUACAAAGUGAGAUACACUCCUAUUGCUCCUGGAGAUUAUUAUAUCAGCAUCAAGUACAAUAAUGUACACAUUGUUGGAUCACCCUUCAAAGUUAAUAGCAAAGGUAACGCUAACGUGGCUGAUAUUGGUGGACAAGAAUCUUCAUCAGUGGUGGUUGAAACCACUAAUAAAGUUGGUAAGGGCGCCAACCACAAAGGGCCGGUGCUGCCUCACUUCAAGAGCGACGCCUCGAAAGUGUCUUCUAAAGGCAUGGGACUGAAAAAGGCUUAUUUGGGGAAACAAAAUCAGUUCACUGUUGGAGCACAAGAUGCAGGUCCAAAUAUAUUAUUUGUGGGUGUUCACGGACCAAAGGGACCAUGUGAUGAAGUCUUUAUCAAGCACAAGGGACGCAAUUUGUAUGACGUGAACUACAUGGUUAGAGACCGAGGAGAAUACUUGAUCAUCGUCAAAUGGGGAGACGAUCAUAUUCCGGGAUCGCCAUUUAAAGUAGAUGUCUAGAUUUGAAAGGUUUUUUUUGUUAACAUCUAAAAAUUAUUAUUAUAUAAUAUGUUAAGUUUUUUUUAUAUCUAUUUUAUUAUGUAAAUAUUUAUUUCUAAUUAGGUUAAUUAAGGUAAAAACCUUGACACUUUUUCCAAUACGUUGACAAAUUCUCCAGAAGUGUUUGGCAGUUCGAUGCGUUUGGCUUGGAAUAAAUUAGGCCAGUAUUCGUUAAGUAGAUAAUUUUUUUUUAGUAUUCGAAAUUUAUUUGGGGACCACCAAAUGGGAGUUGAUUCUUUGGUUCAAAAAGUUUCAAAUUUAUUCGAAUCCAAAUGCUCAACUGUGUUAUUUAAGAAAAAAAAAACGAUUUGCUCCAUAACAGUUAAAUUGCCUCAAAGGGGUAUAUAAUAACAUAUUCUAUUUUAAUAUUAUAUUCAUUUUUUUAAAUAAAUAAAGUUAAAAACCUA